GAUUCAAGUUUAUCUUUUAAUCAACGCAUCCAGCCUUUUGUUCUGCUGGCUAAAUCAGUCAAGGGCGUUGCUACUGGGCAACUGAUCAUGGAUUGCCUUGCUGCACCCGGGGUUUACGUCUUUGAAGAAUUAUACCAAUCACCAAACGUAAUCAAGGCUGCUUCUCUACCCGAGGUUGCACCUUAUCAUUCUCUUUUACGUUUGUUUCUUUAUGGCACUUAUCGCGACUAUGUAGACAAUAAAGCCAAUCUACCUGAACUAUCUCCUGCGCAGUUGAUUAAGCUCAAGCACCUUUCUAUUGUCUCCUUGUCCGAAAAGAACAAGACACUUCCAUAUGAAUUGUUGAAACUGUACCUCGACAUUCCAACCGUAAGAGCUUUGGAAGAUUUGAUUAUCGAUGCAUUCUACCAAAAUAUUCUUCAAGGAAAGCUGGAUCAACGUCAACAGCAGCUUCAAGUAGAGCGCGCAAUGGGAAGAGACCAGGAAGAGAGCCAGAUAGAAGAGACGAUGGCCAUUCUUGAGGCCUGGUCUACCAGAACAGGAAAUUUGCUGACCGAGAUUGACCGUACUGUCCAGAAAGUCCAGGAUGAGAUGGUGAAGGAUCAGCACGAACGUGAACAGUACGACAAGCAGAUCGCGGCUGUUCAACGC